UCACCGUGAUUAAGUGUCAAUCUGGCAACCCAGUAGUUGAGACUCUGGCGUCUGAGGAGGAUUUGAGGUGACCGUGAAUUUGUCCCACUCGUUUAUUUGUGACUUAUUUCUACCGCUGUGGUCCAGUUUCUCAGGGCAUUCAUGCUGUGUCUGACUGCAGGACGACUGGGGACGCUGCUGUCCAGAAGGGCGGUGGCAGCUCUCAGCACCACUAAUGCCAGGAUGGCCAGCCAUGGCCAUGUGUCGCAGCAGACUGACAUGUCCGUGCCGCUAUACUGCGAUCGUCUGGACACCCCGCUACCAGACAGACCUUACAACAAUGCCCUUACUGCUACUGAGAAGAGUCUGAAACAGAAGGAAAAAGGUCCAUGGAACAACCUAUCAAAUGAGGAGAAAAUUGCCUUGUACAGGAUUAUGUUUAAAGACACAUAUGCAGAAAUGAAGAAGCCCACUAAUGAGUGGAAGACUGUGGUGGGGGGGAUCCUGUUCUUCAUUGGUGUGACUGGCCUGGUAGUGCUCUGGCAGCGCAUCUAUGUGUAUCCUCGUAUUCCUCAUACAUUUGAUAAAGAGUGGGAAGCUAAGCAAGUGAAGAGGAUGUUGGACAUGAAAAUGAACCCAGUGCAAGGCUUCUCAUCCAAGUGGGACUAUGAGAAGGGCCAGUGGAAAUAAAUUUAAAUCUGUCUUUCCUUAAUCAUUCAAGAAAAUGCUUAUCAAAAAAAUAAAUUCUAAUUUUAAAAAGAUUAUUCAUUCUUACAGUGAGUGGAUAUAACACAAGCCACCAAAUAUUGUGUAAUAAGCCAUUUGCUGUGGAAUAAAUCUCUACCUAAGUC